UACCGAGCCCCAGAACUAUUGUUUGGUGCUAGAAUGUAUAGUGUUGGUGUUGAUAUGUGGGCUGUUGGUUGUAUUUUAGCUGAAUUGCUCCUCAGGGUUCCUUUUUUGCCUGGAGACUCUGAUCUUGACCAGCUGACAAGGAUAUUUGAAACACUGGGCACUCCAACAGAAGAACAGUGGCCUGGGAUGACGAGUCUUCCAGAUUAUGUCACAUUUAAGUCUUUCCCUGGAAUGCCACUUCAACAUAUCUUCAGUGCAGCUGGUGAUGAUUUGCUCAAUCUUCUGCAAGGCUUAUUCACAUUUAAUCCUUGUGCUAGGGUUACGGCUACUCAGGCAUUGAAACAGAAGUAUUUCAGUAACCGACCAGGACCCACUCCAGGAAAUCAGCUGCCAAGACCCAAUUGUCCUGCAGAAGCUGUAAAGGAGCAACAACAUGCACUUUUAAAUUUAAAAAGGAAAAGAACAGAAGGAAUAGAUCAAGGAUUACCAAAAAAAUUGAUUUUUUGAUUGCUGUGGAUGGUGGAUGAAAAUGAGUGAAAAUGGCCUGAGUCCCAACCAUUGAAAAAACGCUGUAAUAGUCACUGGAUGGUUAUUCUGUAAUAUUUUCAUCUGUAAAAUGUGAAUUUAAUAUUUCCUUACUGAAACAGAGGUUUCAUUAACCCUACUUCUUUUUUUGAAUAAAAGCGUGUUUGAGCAAAA